CUCUUUUUAUAAGCAGCUCCAAACAACUAUAUCCUGCGAAACUACACUAAUAUUCCACAUUUCAACGAUCAACCAUGGCUGAUAUACAAGAUUAUGCCACACAAUUCAUAAUCUUCCUAGCUUUUUUCUUCAUCCUCAAAACAAUCAUCACGCGAGCUCGCAACAAAGCUCACCUUCCUCCAAGCCCUAGAGCACUCCCAAUCAUAGGACACAUGCACCUUCUAGGUCCUAUUCCACACCAAGCAUUCCACAGGCUCUCAACGCGCUAUGGACCUUUGAUUUACUUCUUCAUUGGCUCAAAACCUUGUGUUCUUGCUUCCACACCUGAGAUUGCAAAAGAAAUACUCAAAGACAAUGAAUCUAAUUUUAUGAACCGUCCAAAAGUAGCUAAUCUUGAUUAUCUUACCUAUGGCUCCGCAGAUUUUGCUACCAUACCUUAUGGACCCCAUUGGAAGUUCAUGAAGAAAAUUUGCAUGACUGAAUUGUUAGGCACUCGAACAUUAGACCAGUUUCUUCCGAUUAGACGGGAAGAGAUAAAGCGCUUCUUGAAGGUAGUAUUUAAAAAAGCUGAAGCAAAAGAAGCAGUAAAUGUUGGAGGAGAGCUAAUGCGAUUGACAAAUAAUAUAAUAUCAAGAAUGAUGCUUAGAACAAGAUGUUCUGAUCAAGAAAAUGAUGCUGACGAGGUGAGAAAGUUGGUGAAAGAGUUGAAUGAGUUAGGUGCCAAGUUUAAUUUGUCAGAUACAAUUUGGUUUUGCAAAAGUUUGGAUUUGCAAGGUUUCGAGAAAAGGCUAAAGGAUGCUCGAGACAGAUAUGACGAUAUGAUGGAGAGGAUCAUGAAGGAGCAUGAAAAUGCAAGGAAAAAGAAGGAAAAGGAUGGUGAUGAAGAUGGUAAUACAAUGAAGGAUUUGCUUGAUAUUUUACUUGAUAUAUAUGAAGAUGAGAAUGCAGAGAGGAGAUUAACCAGAGAAAAUGUCAAGGCAUUUGUUAUGAACAUAUUUGGAGCUGGAACAGACACAUCUUCCAUUACAGUAGAGUGGGGACUUGCAGAGCUAAUCAACCACCCUGAUAAAAUGGAGAAAGCAAGACUAGAGAUUGAUGCUGUUGUGGGAAAGACAAGACUAGUAGAGGAAUCAGACAUAGGUAACCUUCCCUACCUCCAAGCUAUAGUAAAAGAAAUAUUAAGGCUUCACCCAACUGGACCAUUAAUCGUCAGGGAAUCCUCUGAAGAUUGUUCUAUUGCUGGCUAUACAAUUCCCGCAAAGACCAGACUGUUUGUUAAUGUCUGGUCACUAGGCAGGGAUCCAAACUACUGGGAAAACCCAUUUGAGUUUAGGCCGGAAAGGUUCAUGGGUGAAGAAUGGAGUGCAAAGAGUAAUAUGUUGGAUGUGAGAGGGCAAUAUUUUCAACUCUUGCCAUUUGGAACAGGAAGAAGAAGUUGCCCUGGUGCUUCACUUGCACUGCAAUUUGUUCCAGCAACUCUUGCUGCUCUGAUACAGUGCUUUGAAUGGAGGGUUGGUGAUGGAGAGAAUAGUACAGUUGACAUGGAAGAGGGACCAGGGCUAACCCUUCCCAGGGCUAAUUCCCUCGUUUGUUUCCCUGUGGCUAGGCUCACUCCAUUUUUAUCGAUCUGACCAUGGUCUCAUCCAGAUUGUAACCUUAUUUAAUUUUUAUAAUGUUUGUUCAUGAAACAGUUAGAAACCAUGGUCAUGUGGAUGUCAAAGAGUCAAAUGCUAUUGGGAUUCACAAAUAUUGUUUAAUUAUCAA